CUGUUAAAUUAAGUUCGGGGCAGGUGUACAAUCCGUUAUAUAAGAAAUUGUGCUCGAGUAGGUGCGAAAGAACACGAUUGAAAACACGUUCAAGUAAGUUAUUUUCGUCAUGGGUGCAGCACUGGGCUCACUUGCUCAAAGCAAAAGCACAAGUUUUAAAGCAUCGAGAAAACGGUUACCAUUUAGCAAGGAUGAGAUUCAUCUGCUUCGCGAACAAUGGACAGUGAUGAUGAACGACGUGAAUGCAAAUGGGAUCAUGUUAUUCACAGCGUUGUUUUCUAUCAAUGGCGCUUUAAUGACAAAAUUCUCGUUCUCCGAUGCAUACAGAUUUGACGGUAAAAAGACUUAUGAUGACGAAAGGUUGUUGCAGCAUGUUAAUGGAGUUUUUCGUACGUUUGAUAUUAUCAUAACUUCGUUACUAAACGGAACUUACUAUGAUCAGUUAAAGAUGAUGCAAAGCAUUGGUAACGUUCAUUGCAAGAAUAACGUAAAGCUGCUUCAUUUGCAGGAUUUCAAAAAAGCACUCCUUCAAACUAUAUCAAAAGAAUUAAAAGGCGAUUUUGAUGACAGAGCUUUGCAAGCUUGGUCAAGGCUAACUGAUGAUAUUAUUGAUCAUAUGGAACUGAAUCCGAUAGAAAAUGAAGAUCAGGAAGCAUGUAACACAUCGGAUGUACUAAACCACAGCAUUAACGUACUUAGACAAUAAUAAUGACAUUGUAACGUAUACUUCUUGAUAGUGGACGAUACGUGUUGAUCGCACCGUUGUGUUAUGAGAAAUUUGCAAAGAGCAUAUGAACGCAUGUUCGAAGUAAUCACGACCAUAAUUAUGGAAGCAAUUUUAUACAAUACAAACGUUUUUGAGAAGCUGUAGAACCUGCGUAUUCCUUAUUGAUGUAAUAAAUUAUUGAUUUUUUAGAAACGCCUAUUAAAUUUAAUUCAUGAGAGACGGCCUUCAUAGGUUGUUUUGUAAUAUUUAAAAUGGGAAACCUUUCAUAUCUAGUGUUAUGACACAGAACUAUGCGUAAAAAAUGUAUUUUGCAGUAAUUAUAAAUAAUUUCUGCGAAAGACAUGUUUUUAUAUCGGACGCUCGUUGUUGUGCUGCAGCAAUAAAGGAAUAAAUACCCUAUUAUAU